AUGUCAUCAGAUGAAGGAGGAAAUGAUUCUGGAAAAAUGGGAGCGGAGGUGAGGAAAAGAAAAGAAAAAGAUGAUGACGACAAAGAAGUAAAAGGCAAUAAAGGAAAAAAUAAAAAAAUUGACGAGAAAUAUCAAAAAGAGCGUCAAGAAAGAAUCAAGUACUUUAAAGAAAUUGAUAGCUUCCAAAUAAACUUUAAAUAUGAUGAUACCGAUGAUAACUUUAAGGAAAAAAAUAUUGAUGGAGUAUUGACAGUUGAUGAUGAUAGUGACGAAAAUGAAGAAAUAUAUGAAGUGGCGGCGAGAAAAAGUACAAAUAAUGCAUAUAAUUUAUAA